GUCGUCAAUUAAUUUCCUGCCAAUCAGCUAUGCUGUUAAUCAACUAAGUACUUAUGCACUAAUUGACUAUUUUCUAAAUUUUCAGAGUGCAUGGUGAUGAGUGACCAUUCACUGUAUACAGAGUGGUUGUAUUAUCUCUCUGCAGAGAAGAAGAAUUCAUUUUUUCCAGGGGUGUGAAGUUGGACACUUCACAUACAAUGUUUUUAAGCCACGCCUGUUGGAGAAAAAAAUGGUACCUGGAUUCAAUUAUGAUUUAAGAAACAGAUAUAUCGCAUGAUGGAAAACUGGGUUUCUACUUGAAUGUUAAAAUGUUCAUUAUAACACAAGUAAGGGUUACAGCUUCACAAAACGGAUGUUUCUUCAGUAAUAGAUUCACUUUUAAAAGAGGGAACAGCCCUCUCCCAAAGAGACUGAGUAUUAACUGCUGUUUUUGAGUUGUUAGUUGAACUGAGGUAUUAAGUUGAAAAAGGGACAUAUUCAAAAUAGUUUUCUCUCUCCAGUUCAGUGCUUGACUUGGCAAUUCAGGUCUUAAUUUUUUUCCCAUCAAUUACUGGCACUCCGGACCACUCUGUUUUUCCAGUAACAACAUUCUUUUGUAAGUGAAAGUAAAAUACAAAAGCAGCGUUCAUUAGGGUUACUUAAUGAUUGGACCACAGAUAUUUUUGUCAUUGCUUUGUGCUCAGUAUUAACUAACUCUUUUUCUGUUUGCUGCACAAAAAUUAGAAUAUCUAGUCUUUAUAAUCACCCUGACCACAGAGAGCGACACAAACACAGCAUGUAUUGAGUUAAAGUUUGUUUUCCUUUUCUUUCUCAGCAGUACACUGGCAGCUUAAUGAAAAAGCUGGACGGAAAAUUUUCCUGCUCACAUGUACCUCAGAUCCCAGUCUAGCAGACAGACACUCUCUUCUCUCACCAGCAACUCGGACACAAUGAUGCAAUUAAGGACUUUAAUUUUUACAUCCGUAAUGCUCCCAUGGAUGCUGUCUUCUGCAGCAAGGGAUGGAUAUAUGGAAGUCAGAAAACCUAAGAAAGACGUUGUAGCCUUUCCAGACUAUACCCUUCAAGAGGCGGACGCUGACCCACCAGCUCCAAGAGCUGAUGAGAUGCCGACAUGUCUGCUGUGUGUUUGCCUGAGUGGAUCUGUUUACUGUGAGGAGGUGUCCCCUGAAUUGUCAACCGUCCCAUCACUGCCAAAGGAAACAGCAUAUCUCUAUGCACGUUUCAACAAAAUCACAAAAAUAAAAAACAAAGAUUUUGCGGACAUGGCCACAUUAAAAAGAAUUGACCUCAGUGGGAAUCUCAUCGCUGAGAUAGAAGACGGAGCGUUUUCAAAACUUCUCAAUCUUGAGGAGCUCAAUCUUGCAGAAAACAGACUAACUAAACUUCCCAUGCUGCCCACCAAGCUGGUAUCAUUCAACGCCAAUUUCAACCAGCUGAAAACCCAGGGUGUGAAGGCAACUGCCUUUAAAAAACUCACGAAACUGGCAUAUCUUUACCUUGGAAACAACGAACUGACAGCGGUGCCCCAACUUCCUGAGUCUCUUCACGUUGUGCACCUCCAUGUAAGUUCAACUGUAGUUCACUGCAAGUUAUCAGAGAAGCUAUUGUUUUUUUUUUUCGGUCUGCAAAGCCAGUAGUUACAUGCUGGGCAAAUGGUGUGUCACUGGAUUGAUCUCUUUGUGUCCGUUCUGCAGAACAACAAGAUCUCAACGAUAACGGACGAGACGUUCUGCAAAGGUAACACCAGUUACUACAUCCGUACCAACAUGAACGAGGUGAGACUGGACGGGAACCCCAUCCAGCUGUCCAUGCACCCUAACAGCUUCAUCUGUCUGGAGACUCUCCCUAUCGGAUGGUACAACUAAAAAAUACGGAUAGACAGACAGUUAAAAUACCAUUUGCAAAAUGCAAUUCAUAAAUUACAGUUUAUAUACUCAAAUCUACCAUACAGUUCAAGACCUCUUUAACAGAAAUUGUAUAAUUACAGAACAGCAAGUAGAAGUGAAAGAAGGAAUUGGUGGUGUUUCAUUUAUUAUCAAAUGCUAUUGCUGCGUUCCAUUUACCUCGGAAGUCGGAAGUCAGAGCUCGGAAUGACGUCACACUUGAGUUGGUUGCGUUCCAGUAGCUACAACAAGUCGGGAGACCAAGAUGUUGUUAGCUUAGCGAUACUAGUUCAAGCCAGGUUAGACAUUGUUAGCAAUACCAGUUGAUGACAAUUUAUGCACUUUACACUGUAGUAACAUGUCCACGGAUACAAGUUGGACGGACUGUAUGUCAUCUGUUUUAAUGAGUCAGAAAUAAAACAGAAUGGUAAAUUAACUUUAUAUUACUACAACUUUUACUACUGUUGAUGCACGGAGCAGCCAUAUUGGAUUUUAGGAUAAAGGUUAGUGAGUUGCUCUGACUUUUCGAGUAGGAAAUCCGACUUUAAGGGGAGUUCCAGUUAAA